UCCUCUGGACGCGUUGAUCUCACACAGCGCCAAGCGGCAGAGUGGAGUGUGAGUGUAUCUGUGAAUCGCUCCAAGCGCACUCAGAACAAACCAGACAGGAGCCGGUGAACGGCAGAACGCGCACCGGAGCUCACGGAGAGGCGUUCAGAGCGCCGGGGCUUCUCCACAGAGCGCAUGAGCGGCGGCGGGUGAAGGAUGCUGUCAAACCGCUCGGUGGUUGUGGAGUGCGGGUAGUGCGCACCGCACUGCUCCGGGGUCAAGUCCCAUUAACUGGGUCUCUGGUGCGUGGAUUUGAAAGCGGUGUUUUUUUUUUGGACCUUUCAGCGCGCAGGACUUUUAGUUUGAAGUCUGCUCAGCCCCUUUCUGAGAUUUUUAAAGGACGCUUCAGUGAUGCUUUUUAUUCAAAUAGAUUUGAACUCCACAGAAGCGCGACCUGCACAUUGACUUUUUGAUUUUUAUUUCCUCUUCGGGACCUAAAAUAAAAAAUACUCAUCGUGGGACAUUUGAUAAGGAGCUGGAAUUUUGAAGUAGAUCAGAGAGACUGUUGCAUCCUCUGGCAGAUCUUUUCGGAUCUUCUGUUCUCUUCUCGCAGCGAGCCCGGUUUUGUUUUACGUUUUUGUCCCCGAAGAAAUGAACACAGAUAAAAGACUUUGGAAUUUCACAGCUCUCUUCUGCAUCGGGGUUUUUUUUUCAGCACAGUUCCAUUUUUGUGCAUUUAAAAGCAAAAUUCGGUCUCUUUAAGGUGUCCACACGGACAGGCGCGCUGUCUGCGUGCGUAAUUGGAUACAGUCUGUCCACUCCGCGCUGCGUCCUUGGAGAAGUUCAAAAACAAAACUCACUUUUAAAUUCAGGAAAUUAGAACUUAUUUGGUGAGUUUUGCUAUGUAAAUUUUUUGUAAACAGUGUGAUAAACAUUUAAAUAAUUUGUUUUGAUUAAUUUUUCCAUCUUUUUGCUUUUGGGGACAGACGGAAAAACGCAGUCUGCCGAUGUCUGGCAAACUGGCUGUCAUGUGGGAUUGAUUGCAGGGGAGUAUGUUUGGGCUGGAGCAGUUUGGUUCUCAAAUUAAUAGCAGAAACCCUGGCCAGUCGGAGAGAAACAUAAACCAACAAAGACUGAACAUGGGCUCCCAUUAUAAAAGCCCAGGCUUUCAUGCUGGAGGCCCGCCCGGAGCUGUUGAGCCCGCUUUGGGCCCCAUGAACGAGUCGCAAAUGCUGGGGCUCAACAUGAACAUGAAUGGUGAGCCAUAUGGCGGCUUUCACCCGCGUCCAGACAUACAUGCAGGCAGCGGGCUUCAGCAGCAGCAGCAAGGACCGAUGCAUGGAUUUUUUAACAACCAGCAACCUCAUCAAGGACAUCCACAUGGCCACCAGCCUCACCCCCACCAACACCACGCUCAUUUCAGUGGGAGUUUUGGAGGCCCAGAGCCAGGGUCUUCCUGCCUGCAUGGUGGCAGGAUAAUGAGCUACAACAACAAUGGCAUGGGACCACAGCAGGGCUUUGGAGAUGGAUUUGAUCCUCUUUCUGAGGGACAGGCAGGAGACGGUUUUCCCCAGCAGCAGCAGCAGCAGCGGCCGGGUAACAUACCUGACUUCCAACACCACGGCCCCCCCAGUGGCAACCAUGCUGUCCCUGCCCCCUGCCUGCCCCUUGAUCAGUCACCUAACAGAGCAGCUUCCUUCCAUGGUCUUCCGUCAUCCUCGUCCACCUCAUCGGAGUCUCAUGGUUUGGAGCCGCGGCGGAUGCCCAAUCAGGGAGCGGUGGAAGGGUUAGAGUACAACUUCCCUAACGAGCCCCCAUCUGGACAUUUUGAUGUACCUGUGUUUUCCCCCUCUGAAUCAGAAUCACAGCUACCACACUUUGGCCCAGGAAGGCCUGUUCCUGGUGGAAGUUUCCCAGGGAACCCUGGCAUGCCACGGACACCAGGUAUGCAGGGCAUUUCUAAGGGACACCCGCCUCCACCACAGCCCCAGCAGCAACAGCAUGGAGUGUUUUUUGAGCGUUUUGGAAACGGCCGGAAGGUGCCUGUGGGAAUGGAGCCGGGGGUCAACGCAAGACAUCCUCUCAUGCAGCAGCAACAACAGGCUAGUUUGAUAGCCAGACAGAACUCAUGCCCCCCUGGCCUCCCUCGACCCCCUCAGGCUGAGCCUGGCAACACUAACCCUAACAUUCUAGAUGGAGGGGUCAUGAUGCCUGGCCAACACAACCAAUUUGAAUAUCCCAUUCACAGACUGGAAAAUAGGGGUUUGCACCCCUAUGGGGACCCCAUGUUUAAUAUGCAACAACCAGCUCCUCCUCCUUCUCAACAGCCCCCAAAUCAGAGACUUCAACACUUUGACUCUCCCUACAUGAACAUGGCGAAAAGGCCCAGAUUUGAUUUUCCUAAUUCACAUGGUGGCGAAGGCUGGUGUGGCACUAUGGAAAACCACAUAUCUCCUUCUGCAUACCCCGGCCUCCCUGGGGAGUUCACCCCACCUGUGAAUGAAGGUUUUGCCCCAGGCCCCCUGCAGCACCAAGGACCUGAGCCACAGUCUCUGCAGCAGCGCCAAAAUGCAGCCAUGAUGAUUAAACAAAUGGCCUCCCGCAACCAGCAGCAGAGGAUGAGGCAGCCCAGUCUCCAGCAGUUGGGCCACCAUGGCGACGUGCCUCCUGGACCAAUGGCUCAUGGAGGUCCAGUUGGAGGCAUGCCCCAACCAAACUUUGACAGAGAGAAUGGUGGCAGGAUGCCCAACAUUGAUGGACAAAAUCCUCAUGUAACUCAGGAGAAUUCCUGGUUUCAGGGGUCCCACCCACCAGGAGAGAUGAUGUCACGGCGUAUGGGUGGAGCAGGUAACGAGCCUGGUCCUAAUGAAAUGGGGCUCCAGCAGAACGGGGCUGGGAUGAUGUUUCGGCAAGGCAUCGGCAUGCAGGAGCCCAUGAGAAUACCAGGAGAUGGACAUGUGCAGACCCUUCAUUCCCCUGGGAUGCACUCGCAAUUUGGUGGCAACAUGGGCAACCUCUCACAAAUGCAGUCUCCAGGAGCUGGAGGAGGACAUCCAAAUGCACCAGCAGAAAGGCGGACAGCUGACUUCCCAGCUCCUCCGAUGGGAGCACAGCCAACCUUCCCUUAUGGAGGCGCUAACCGCCAGGGGCCGGGACACAAUGCUCCUCAGGGGGUGAGCACCUCACCAGGGAGCUACCCUCCCCAGUCUGAGUUCCCCUCAGGCCAGCGGUCGUCUGUUAGUAAGCUUGGUGCUCUAUCUCUUGGGAACUUCAGCAAAACCAGCUCUAAAGACAGCGUUUUUGGCCAAAGCUGCCUAGCAGCCUUGUCCACGGCCUGCCAGAACAUGAUCGCAAGUCUAGGGGCCCCCAAUCUAAAUGUAACAUUCAAUAAGAAGAACCAAAACGAGGGCAAGCGAAAACUAAGUCAGACAGAGCAGGACAUUAAUAGCAGCACAUCUAAUGGGACUGGCAGUGCGGGUCCUGAAUACUUUCAGAGCAGCACUUCCCAGAACAGCCAGAUGCCUGGCACUGGGAAUAGUAACUCUAAGCCUGUAAGUCAAAGCCAGACGGUGCAGGGGGAAGCCAGUGCCCUCUCCCCAAACUACAACAUGGACGCUACCCCGUGCAGUGAGGGGAAGGCAGCAACAGGGAGUGGGAGAGGGAGAGGGAGGAGAAAAAGAGACAGCGGACAUGUGAGCCCUGGGAUUUUUUUUUCCUCUGAAAACGGGAACCCUGUUGUAAGUCCAGGCCAGCAGACCCCCUCGGCUGGCGUUGGGGAGAGGGGUGGGGGCACACCUCAUGAGAAGCACCUCCAGUCACCCUCUUGGGGAAAAGGAGGUGAGCUAAUGCUGGGGGACCAGGCAGACCUUAUGUCUUCGUUAGACAGCGGCAUCCAGAGUGUUGCUGCCAAGUCUGACAGCAGCUCACCAAGAGUGGACUUUCCUGACGAUGUCAGCACCCACUAUGGCAAUGAGGAUGAGGUGUCCUCCAGCUCAGAUGCAGGAGGAGCCUCGGCCACCAAGCCCAGUCGCAGUCCUAUGAUUACAGGCUCACCGAAAAUGCAGAGGAGCGAUCACGGUUUAAUGAAUGGACAAAAGCCCCUCGGCAUGGGCAUUAACAAUCACACUACCUCGACACCAGACAGCUACGGACUGAAUACUGGUGUGGGCUCCGGGACUAGCCACCCGGGCACUCCUGGGGUGGAGCAGGUACGCACCCCAUCCAGCUCCUCAGGCCAGGAAGAAAUCCAUCCUCUGGAGAUCCUUCAGGCCCAGAUCCAGCUACAGCGGCAACAGUUCAGUAUCUCAGAAGACCAACCCCUGGCCAUGAAGAAUGGCAAAAAGAGUGGUGACUGUCCCUCACAGAACGGAGACAAUGAGCUGGCAAGCUGCAGCCCGGAUGCUGGGAAGGGCUCAAUGGGCACUAUUGACCUUGACACACUGAUGGCAGAGCAGCACGCCACCUGGUACGUGCCCAGUGACAAGGCCAUGAUAGAUGGGUCGGAGGAUGACAAGGCCAUGGGACCCUGGGAAAAAAGCAAAAGCCAAAACAGCAAAGAAGAGUUAGAGCUCUCCCAGAGUAAGGCUGGAGCGGCCGGUCCAGGAGCUGGAGGAGGAGGAGGAGGGAGCAGCGGUGGAGCAAACCACCUGCAGUGCCUGUCUGUCCACUGCACAGAUGAGUUGGGAGACAGCAAGGGCCGAGGGGGACCCGUCUCCUCGUGGCGCUCUCUCCACUCGGAUAUCUCGAACCGUUUUGGGACGUUUGUCGCAGCGCUGACAUGAACAAGAAAACACAUAAAAGGAUUGGAGGAAGAAGGAUGGAGAAUUAGAAGAAAAAAAGCUCAACCUCAGAGACAAAAAAAUGAGGACGGUGAUGAGGAUAUGUUGGAGACAGGUGUGUGCAGCUCUUCAGGGAGAGAGAGAGACAUGAACACACACACACACACACACACACACACACACACACACACACACACACACACACACACACACACACACACACACACACACACACACACACACACACACACACACACACACACACACAUAUUAUAGCAAAUGCCAUGUUGUUGUUUUUCUGAUUCAUUCAGUCAAAAGUAAGAACAUCCUCUCGUUCUGCUGGGCGACAGCGGGGCUCAACUCCACGGCUGACGCCCACAUCUGGAAAACCUCAAAUCCAGCUUUUUUUCUUUUCAUUUCUUUGUUGAAAAAAAAAGUUAAAUGUGGGAAACGCAGAAGAAGAAGCAGACGAAGAAAAGUUGUCAUUGGCUUCGAUUGUAUACCGGGGUUUAGUUUAGUGGCUUUUUUAACUUUCAACAUUUGCAGGUCAGAAGAUUUUCCAUAAAACCUGCUGGUUUAUUCAGAAAAGGCCAGAAGAGUAAAAAGCAGACAAUUGGAGCCGAGAUUAUGCAUGAAUGUAACUCAGACUUUUGGUUUUCUUUUAUCAAAUCCAUUUUCAGUUUUUAAUCUUUCUCUUCAUAAAGCUUCCUGUUCUUCAUCCCUCUCUUCCGUCUUCUCUGCUAAACGUCUCGUGAGCUUCUUGUAUACAAUUCAGCCAAUGGGGACUUAAAAACGUGGUGAUCGAUGGUUUGUUUAAUAAGGGAAUUGAAAAAAAAGGAAUAUUGGUAUUGCACAUGUAUAAUAAGAGAACAUUGCUGUGUGUUAGGCAAUCUUGUAACCUUUAAAUAAAGCUUCUGAAUUUGAAUUUCUCAAACAAUAGAUGGAGGACUGUGACGGCAAUUUACAAACGGAUUUCUUUUGUUAUUGUUUUCUUUUUUUUAUUAAUAUGUAAAGUGCAGUCAUCUGUUUUCCUGCAUAUUGUAUAUAUCUGUAUAUGUUUUACUGAGUAACUAAAUAACAAUAAAUAUGAUGUUAAAGGUG